UGUAAAGCACGCGCGGCUUUGUAGUUUAUUCAAAAAAAUGAAUUUGCCGGUUCGGAAGUGCUAUCAUGCGGCAAAAAUUGCGUUCUUUCUUAUAUUAGUUGUGACAAUAUUGAGUUUAUUUGAACAUUGGCGCGGAGGGAAACGAUCAGCGGGUGCUCAAAUUUAUGAUCCGGAAGAUGAAUACGAAAAAGAAAUUUUAGAAGAUGAGGCUCGUAUUAUUCCUGGCUUAGGGGAAGGAGGUGUUGCAGCACAUUUGAUCGGUGAAGCGAAACGCCUAGGCGAGGAGUCUGAAAAGAAAUUGGCUAUAAACGUUUACUUAAGCGAUCGAAUUGCUUAUAAUAGAACUUUAAAAGAUUAUCGCAACCCAGCAUGCCAGAGAGUUGUGUAUGAUGCAGAACUGCCAUCUGCCUCUGUUAUACUAAUAUUCCACAAUGAACCCUAUUCUGUGGUUAUACGCACAAUAUGGAGCGUUCUGAACAGUGCUCGCCGGGACAACCCAUGGUUUGCUAAAGCGAAUUAUAUAAACAGAGAAACAGGAAAAACAAUGAAGCUGGGUUACCCUGGUCAAGACGAAAGAUCUCCAUAUGUAUAUUUAAAAGAGAUAAUCUUGGUGGACGACAACUCCACGCUACCGGAGCUGAAGGGUAAACUUAGUCAUUACGUGCGCACGCGCCUGCCACCAGAUCUCAUACGUAUAUUAAGGUUACCAGAUCGUGUGGGUUUAACGAGAGCUCGCCUGGCGGGGGCGCGGUACGCGGCGGGAGACGUCCUCGUAUUUUUAGACUCGCAUUGCGAGGCUCAGCUCGAUUGGCUGAGGCCGCUCCUGCAGCGGAUCAAAGACUUCCCUCACGCUGUGGUCGUACCGAUCAUUGAUGUCAUCGAAGCUUCAAACUUCUACUACAGCGUCCAAGAUCCUGUCACGUUUCAGGUUGGAGGUUUCACUUUUAUGGGACACUUCACUUGGAUCGAUGUUCCGGAACGCGAGAAGAAAAGACGAGGCUCGGACAUAGCACCCACUUGGUCACCAACAAUGGCUGGUGGCUUGUUCGCUAUCAACCGAGCCUACUAUUGGGAGCUGGGAGCUUACGACGAACAGAUGGCCGGCUGGGGGGGUGAGAAUCUGGAGAUGUCGUUUCGGAUUUGGCAAUGUGGGGGUACCCUGGAGACGAUACCGUGUUCUCGCGUGGGUCACGUGUUCCGCAGCUUCCAUCCCUACGGUCUGCCCGCUCAUACGGACACGCACGGCAUAAACACCGCGCGUAUGGCUGAGGUCUGGAUGGACGACUACGCUGAGCUGUUCUACCUGCACCGACCUGAUCUAAGGAAAAACCCCAAGAUCGGUGACGUCACCCACCGGCGCGUGCUCCGCGAGAAGUUGAAGUGCAAGAGCUUCCAGUGGUACCUGGACAACGUGUACCGGGAGAAGUUCGUGCCCGUCAGGGACGUCUUCGGAUUUGGCAGGUUCCGCAACGCGCGCAGCGGGCGCUGCCUGGACAGCCUGCAGCGCGACGGCGAGGCGGCGGCGCUGGGCGUGUACGCGUGCCACGCGCGCCUCCAGCCCACGCAGCACUUCGCGCUGUCGCUGCGCGGGGAGCUGCGCGACGAGGAGAAGUGCGCCGAGGUGCAGUACGCCAGGAACCAGGGCGAGAUGGGCGAGGACGUGACCAGACGAGUUCUGAUGGUGACGUGUCACGGAAAACAACGUGGACAGAAAUGGCGCUACCUGCCGAGCCGCCAGCUGCAGCACGUGGACAGCGGGCUGUGCCUCAGCGUGGGCGUGGGCGAGGAGGCGCUCGCGCGGCGCUGCCGGCGGAGCGACGCCCAGCUGUGGGACAUCGACUACAGCGAGCUCAAUGACUUCCAUCUCGAUGAUAACCCAGAGCCUUCCGAACAAGAAAUUAAAUUGCGAAAACUCAGAGGACAAAGACGAGUCUCCCGUUCUCUCCUCUAUCACGAAGAAUCGAACUCCACGCGCCGUCACAAGCACAAGCACAGGAAUAAGCACAAGAAGAGCAAGAAGAACAAGUUCAUACUGAAGCUGGUGCGCGACAGCAACAACACGGAGGAACAUUUGGAGGUGGACGUGUACUGCAAGCACAGGCGGCUGUACCCGAACAAUACAUUCGUGAGGGACCUGGUGACCAUCCUCAAUGAAAAGGACAUUAAGGUGGUCAACAACGGUCGCGUGUUUGAACACAACAAGGUGUCGGCGCUGGUGAAGAGGGAACGUGACCACACACCCGAACCCCACCAUGACGACCAGGCCGUGGCGAGUGAUAAAUCACAAAUGAAACGCAAACGGAAGAAGCCAAAGAUCCAGCCGCUCGAAGACGCGAGCGCCGUCGACGUCGCCAACAUCGCCGACAUCGCCAACGCGCUCGACGCCGACGCCCCGCGCGACCUCGACAAGAAGAUCAUCAUCGAGGACUUCGUGGAGGUCACGCCCAAGGUCACCACUACUCGCGCGACGAAGAAACGCCAGCGCGGGCGGGCGCGCGGCGGGCGGGGGGGGAGCGCGCCGCGGACCACGACUGCUGUUUGGGAGGACUCGAUGCACGUCGAGACCGUCGCUUCGGUGGAGGACACCCCGAUGCUGGCCAGCGUUGAGAGACGAGACGAUACCAGCGAGAACUGGCACGUUGGUAAGGCCAGCUUCCGUCGGAAUAACACACACAGCACAGAACACAGGCGAGGCUCCGAACAUAUUUAUACAUCGGACGAGGUUGUAAGUGGUACCACCGUAGUCGCGCCGGUGAAGGUGGUGAUGAGGAGCAAUCUCACCUUCAACUUCGGUGACGAGUUCUUCCGCUGGAGGAAGCGCACCGCAGACGAUGUCGCUAAUUUGCUCGGCGAGCUCAUGAUACCAGCAAGCACGUACACACCCAUCCGCAGUCGCGCUGACACUGACACGGAGCAAGAAAAGAAAGAGAGCGAGCGAGACGGAGAUACGACGAGUGAAAAGGAUAAGGAGAUUAUGUUGUCGGGGCGGACUGACGUCGACUCAUCGGAGUCGGAAAGCGCGAGUUCUGAUUGAUAUUUUAUUGUUGACGAUUUUAAAAAUAAUUGUGUAUUUUUAGCUGUUUUAGUAAAAAUGUAUAUAUUUAAUUUAAUUUAGAACAGUUGUUUAUAUUUAUUUUAUAAAAACAAUCUUUCGAAUUAUAUUAUAAUAAUAAUAUUUGUCGUGCAAUAUAGUUAGUUUGCAAACGAUAUUUGGUAUUAACAGCGGCACAAAAUUAUCUAACGACGCCCUUUCCAAAUGACAUUUUAAACGUGACAUAUAUAAAGUGUGUGUCAAAAUGGCGUCGUUUUAUUUAAAGAUUGCCGCUUAAAAUAAUUUUUGUUCUUAGAUAAGUACAGUACUUUUAACAGUUGAUUAAAGUUGUAUGUAUUAGAUUUUUUCUCUUCGAUAAUUAUAAAUAAGCUUUACAUGGAAACUAUGCCGUCCUAUUUAGACUUGUAUUAAAAUUGUCUUAUGUAUGUAUGUCAUAUACCUUUACAUUUAUUAUUAUUUACUCUAUGAUUGUCUAAUUGUUCGUUAUCUGUGCUUGUUUUGUGGGUCUGGGUGGUACUACACCGUUUGUCUAUUUUACGGUUAAGUGUUGUUUUUUCGUUUGAAGGAAGUCAACUAGUGUAGACAGUUCCAAGGGCCAUAUCGUGGAGGUAAUGGUUGGUGCUGUAUUGGUUUGGUUUAUAUACUUCAUGUAGUGUCUAUGGUUAAAGAUGACGUUUUACAAACAUCAUCACCACAGCUAAGCAUAAUCCUGGACAUAGGGUUCUCCCGAGGUGCGCCAAAGUUAGGGGCCCGCUACCUUAUUCAGGUCAUCGGUCCACCUGGCUGCAUCUGGACGCCUUACGCUGCGCUUGCCAAUCCGCCUUCUCCACUCUAGAUCUCGUUUGCUCCAACGGCCAUCAGUCCGACAUACGUGACCAGCCCGUUGCCACUUCAGUCUUUAUUCUCGUUAGCCCAUCAGUCGGAUAAAUUCUUUAUUGUGUUUCGUGUAUAGAUUGCAUAUUAAUUUGAGUGCUAUUCUUAAUCAAAUUCUAAUAUCUGUCUGUCAAAAUAAAACCUAGAAACGCAUAAAAUUACAUAACGAAUAAUUUACUAAUUUUUUAGGUCUUCUUCACAUAUAUAAAAAAAAUCGUUAUAAAUACUAUCUUUGUUAUGUUUUAACACAUUUUCCUUAAUUAAUUUUUAUUCACUUUUUUUACGUCGCUUUCUCAAAUCUCCUCUUAAUUUCUGAUUGUUUUACGUGUAAUUCAUUUCAUGACUACCUCUGGAAGAGGAAAUGGUAGUGGUUACACUUCCGUGCCUCGAAAAGCACGUAAAGUCGUGGUGCUGCGCGUGGACUUUGUUUGUCUGUAUUUGCAUUCUAUAACAUCUCUCUUUUGACACUAUCAUAUUGUUAGAACGCGCCCCCCCCCCCUCCCUUAAUUGCAUAUGAUUGGUUCUCAGUAACUAGAAUUAAGUGGAAUACUAUAUGAAUAGGGAAAGCCGAGAUGAUCUAGUGGUUAGAACGCGUGAUUCUUAACCGAUGAUCGUGGGUUCAAACCCGGGCAAGCACCACUGAAUUUUCAUGUGCUUAAUUUGUGUUUAUAUUUCAUCUCGGGCUUGACGGUGAAGGAAAACUUACCGGCAUUGGAGCAGCGUGGUGGAAUAAGCUCCAAACCUUCUCCUCAGAAAUGGAGAAGAGGCCUUAGCCCAGCAGUGAAACAUUCACAGGCUGUUACUUUACUAAAUAUAUAUAUUAGUUACACAUAAUAAUGGUGCUCAAUUGACAUAAUAUUAUAAUAAGUUAAGUUUUUUUUGCGAUUUUUAAACUGUUAUAUCGUAAGUCUAAACGUUUAGUUAUAUUUGUGGGUUCGAAUCGAGCUUCUGUGCUUUCAUGCGCAUAUAUUUAUAGAUCAUAUCUUGUUGGGACGUGAAUAAAACGUGACAACACCUGCAUAUAAACCCGAAAGUGAGUUUGUUUGUUUGUUACGCUUAGCUACUCGAGCGAUCAUCAUGAAAUUUUGCAUACAUGUUUUCAGAGGUAUAAAAAACACCACCCCCCACCCCAGAGUGAAACAUUUACAGGCUACAUUAUCAAAACCCGUUCCUAUUUUUAACGCAUCGUUAUUGUUCAUAAGUGAACGAUAGUUUUUGAGUUACGAGUUACGAGCCGUUAAAAUCGUUCCAAUUCACCUAUACACAUACGUAUUACACUUACGAAUUGAAUUACGUCUUGCAGACAACUGUACCAUCCGUAAGGAAAACAAAUCAUGUCUUAAAUACAGUAACGGGGCAGUAGUAUGUCUUGUGGUUUUGAGAUCACUACCUUAUGUACUUAGAAGGUAUACGUAGAAAAUGUUAGCGGGCGAAAAAUUGCGUACGUACACUUGCGUGCAAUUUAAUUUUUAUUUAGUGUAAGUGAUUAUUAAUUUUAAAGUUUUUAAAACGAAUAGUGCUUUUAAACAUAGCGAUUGUCUUUUCUGAAUUUAUAUAACAUGACAAUGAAAUUAUAUUAUUACUGUGAGAUUAAUACAUAUCAAUGUAGAGGUUGAAAUAAAAAUUAGAUUUUUCUAGAAGUUUUUUUUUUGUGUUUAGAUUUUCAAUGCGUGUUUGGACAUUGGUAAUAAACUUGUAAG